AAAUUUUGAGAUCGACAGUUUGAUAUUAUUGGUGUAUGCAAUUCUUGUUAUCUUUUGAAACUUAUUCUAUUACAGGCGGGCGCUUUAAUUUCACUGUGGAUUCCAUCCCCUUUAUAAAACCAGCUGUGAAAUAUCUCGUGAAAAAUACUCAGGUUUUAUUUCCAGCCAACGAGGUAGCGUCGUUUUAUUAUUAUUUUCUUCUUUAUUCAAUUACAUAAUUCCUACAUGAAAAUGGAUGUACCACAUUAGAUAUCUAUAUAAGGGAAACAUUAAAAUUUUCCAACUGAUCUGAUGGCAGAAAAUUUCUUCAAUUUUUGAUCCGGACUCUGACAUCAGAAAAACUGUUUAACAUGUUGCAACCAUAGAUUUGACAGUUUUUUUGGGGGGUUCAUCAGAAGGGGUGUUUUGGCCUGCAGUUUGAUCGGGAGAUUAUAAUUGUUUUUGAUUGUUCUGAGUGACUUCAGUAAGGGAUUUUGCAGAUUCUUAUUUUUGGUUACCAUUUUGAGGGGUUUGAAUCUUUUUGACAACUUCGGUGAUUUUAUGGGCAUCGAUAUUUUUACAGGUUUGUUUGCAUCUGAAGAAUUUGUUUUGAGGGACAGUCAAUUUGAGUUAAUGGGUGUGUUGUAUUCGUGGAUAAUUGCGGGGAAAUCUUUUGGGUUCUUGAUUGAGUAGUUUUUGUUUGAGAAAUUUUACAAACAUUUUGAUUGCAUAGUAGGGUAGGGUAACGUUACAACCCCUCUUGUUGGAUACAGAGAGUCUAGGCUAUUGGGAAUUUCGGUUUUGCAGAGCUGGGGUGUUUGCUCCUCUAAGUAGGUGUAUUCCCUAGGUCACUGCGCUCUAUGGCCUUGCUGGAGAAUUCUUUUGCAACCGAUCUUUCAACUCAGACAUCUUAAUAGUCUUGGCAUUUGAGCCCCGGGCUUUACAAUUGCAAAUGCUCUGAAUUCAGGUAUCUUUAAAAGUGUCGGUUAACUUUUGAUUCCCGAUCUUUACAUGGCCAAAACCCAAUUAAGGAAUUGCAAGCACUCUGAUCUCGGGAAUCUAAAUAAGUGUGAGUUGGCAUUUGAGUCCCGAGUCUGACCAGAUCAAAAUCAAAGAAGGGAUUCGCUGGUGGAGAUUAAGAAUACCAGAAGGCAAUGGAAUAUGAAGUGGAAACAAGUGGUGUGGCAGCUGAGAUUGGGAUGGGAAUGAGUGGAGUUGGAAUUGAAGUAGAUGGUUAUUGGGCCGGUGUGAAUGAACAGGAGAUUUGGGCAACUGAGGAAGAAUAUGAUCAAGCAUCCCAGGGUUAUAGGCUUUCGGAUGGAGGUGGAUGGAGUGGUGGUAUGGAUUACAGGGUAGGGGGGUUUGAGGGCCGGCAGAGCCGGUCUGGCAGUGAACCCUCGCAUAAGAAAUCCAAAAACACGCACGGUGAUUUUCAAGGGAAUGGAUCCAGAGGCCGUGGUGGUUAUCAGGGGGAAUUUGUUCAAGGGACAAGCUCUGGUACUCCACCUCCCUCAAAUGGGACUGCAGAAGGAGGAUCAACAUCUGGGGGAGGUAAGGGAAAGGGAACAGGCAGGAUGUUCUUCAAGACUAAGCUUUGCUGCAAAUUCAGGGCAGGCACGUGCCCUUACAGCUCCAAUUGCAAUUUUGCUCAUGGGAUGGAAGAGCUCAGAAAACCUCCUCCAAAUUGGCAAGAGAUUGUGGCUGCACAGGAAGAUCACACUCCACGAUCGGAGAUCCGGGGUGAGAAUCAGAUUCCUUGUGUCAGUUCUUCAGCUGCUGGGGGUGAUUCACAGCGGUUUCAUAAGACCAGACAUUGUAAGAAGUUUUAUACAGAGGCUGGUUGCCCUUACGGAGACAGCUGCAAUUUUGUGCACGAUGAUCAAUCAAGGUCAAGGGAGAGUGUAGCUAUAAGCUUGGGGCCAACUACUAGCACGGGAAGUGGGAAUGGGGCUGGAAAUGGGAACAAUGGAAAUGGACCAUUCCAAAGACCUUUGAAUUGGAAAACUCGAAUUUGCAACAAAUGGGAAACAACAGGACACUGCCCAUUUGGAGAAAAAUGCCAUUUCGCUCAUGGUCUGGCAGAACUUCAGAAGUUUGGCGGAGGCAUUGCAGAUGCAGAUAAUGGGGAUGCAUCGGUUGGCCCUCGGAAUGACCUAAAGCAAACUGGGACAUUGACAAAAUCCCAGAUGGAAGCUGGUUCAGGACAAGCAACUUCUGUCUAUAACACAGACAACUUUGUUAUUGGAACCUCUAAUCAACGUUCCAUAGGAAGCUUUCUGGUUCAGAAACAAGGUCAAAAGAUUUUACCAAAGUGGAAGGGCCCAGAUAAAAUCAGUAAAAUUUAUGGCGAUUGGAUUGAGGAUAAUGAAUGGGAGUAUAUAACUCGCCCAACUGCAUCACCGAUUGAGAAAGUGAAUCAGGCUGAGGAAGAAAUAACCAAUGAGGUAUAAUUAAAAUAUGGUUAACAGUAUUUCAUUGGAUGACAGUGAUUUCAUUCAUAAGGCUAGCGUUGUAAAAAUAGAAACUAUUGUAUAGUACAGAAAACAAAAAAUGUUGCUGGCCCUGAAUGGUGGUAGGCUGGUAGCGAACAGGAUAUAAGAGUUCUGGCUUUUAACUUCUGGGAGUUGAUUUUUCCUCCCAUCACUGUAUUGGGCCCUUCUGCUACCUUUCAAGAAAAAUUUGCUGAUAACAAGGCUAAUUUCCAUGUUGAACAGUUGAAA